AUGCGAGGAGAACAUUACCAGCCAGAAUACAAAAUGGAAAGCUCGUUAAGCAAGGUGGAUAGGGCGAUCCUUAGGCGGUACUAUGUUUUCAUUUACCCAAUCAUACUGCUGUGUGGAAUGACGGUGAGAUUCGUGCUAGGUAAAGAGAGAUUGGCGUAUGAAAUGAACCACUGGUACCUCAUUAAAAGCGAUAAUAUUUUUAAUGUGGUAUUUGCAGAUAAUGGGAAUAAGAUCUGGAUGACAUUAAUAUGUUUUCUGGCUUUUCAACAGUUUUCAAUAAGAAAUCAAGCUGCGUUUAGGCUUCCAUUAUCUUCACGUAAUAUUGGCGCCAAUGAGGCAUAUAACUAUAGAAGUGCGUUACAGCUGGGACUUCAGUAUACAUUCAAGUUUACUAUGGUUAAGUUCCUCUUAUUUAUUGAAUUUUGGUUUAUUGAUCAUGUAUUUAUGUGGACUGGUGGCUAUUGUAGUAUCGAUAAUAUUAAAAAUGCAAUGGAAUGCCACGGCAAGGGCGGUAAAUGGGAGGGUGGAUUUGAUAUAAGUGGCCACUUCUGCUACCUUAUGACGUGUAGUCUGGCACUGUGGUUUGAAUUGACUGACCUAAUAAAGUAUACUGUAACUAACGAGAUACCGCAGGCGAAAUUGAUGAAAGUUACCAAGUAUUCGACCUUGACGGUACUAGUGAUGUGGCUUUUGCUACUAAGCGUGACCUCGAUAUAUUACCACACUUUGAUUGAGAAGGUUCUGGGCGUGCUUAUGGGAUACUUGUGUCCAUUUAUUCUAUACAUUUAUAUUCCCUAUCAUUAUAAACUACAGAAAAUACUAUAUUGA